CGAGACUCACGGACGCUGCACCGCGGUCUCGACCUGCGCCUGCCCGUCUGUCGCUAGUUUUAUCAGGGUUACGGACAGCUCUUGCGUUUCACUAGGAGCUGAGGUACGCCGGUGCUGCUGCUGCGGCUGUGAAGAUCAUUGGUUUCGUCCAAUCAGCAAGAUCACUCGUUGCCAAUGGGUGACAAGCCCCUAGCCGAUAAUGAAACGCACACGGAGUGCGCGACGACAGUGGAUGCAGAAACACUGGCGGCGCAAGCUGUUUCGUCAGCCAUGCACAGUGAUGCUCACGCAACAGCUGAAGCUCCCGAAGGCGGCGAAGCUCCCGUAGCCGCCGCCGAUGCCGUACAGCCCGCCAACGCCAAGCAAUCCAGGGGCAAGACCCCGGCCGUGCAAAUCAGGGACCUCCAGCUGUGGUACGGCAGCGGCACAGACCGGGUCGACAUAUUCCGCGGCGUCGAUAUGACCGUGCAGCGAGGCGCCAUCUACGCGCUGCUCGGCUCUUCGGGCUGCGGCAAGACCACCCUGCUGCGCUGCAUCAUGGGUCGCAAGCGCUUCCAGGAGGGAACCAUACGCGUGUUCGGCUACGAGCCGGGCACCGUGGGCUCCAAGAUACCCGGCGCCAACGUGGGCUACAUGCCGCAGGAAGCGGCCCUCUUCGACGCCUUCUCCAUCGAGGAGACGAUGCUCUUCUUCGCGCGCAUCUACGACCUGUCACCGGAGGCCGCCCAGGAGCGUACGGAGUUCCUCGUCUCCUUCCUGGAACUGCCAGACCCUAAGCGGCCCGUGUCGUGCCUGAGCGGCGGCCAGAAGCGUCGCGUAUCCCUGGCCGUGUCGCUGCUGCACAAACCGCCGCUGUUGAUCCUGGACGAGCCGACCGUGGGCAUCGACCCGGUGCUCCGCAUGAGCAUCUGGGGGCACAUGGUGACGCUGGCCGAGCAGGAGCGCAUGUCCAUCAUCAUCACGACGCACUACAUCGACGAGGCCCGGCUGGCGUCCAUGGUGGCCUUCCUGCGACACGGCGUCAUCCUGGCAGAAGACCCGCCCGGCGUGCUCAUGCAACGACACAACACCGACAGCUUGGAAGAGGUGUUCCUCAUUCUGGCCACCUCCCCAGGGACCGACCAGGCGAAGAACGCGGCCUCUGACACGUACGGUGCGGGCGACGAAGGCCCCACCUCGCUCUCGUUCAUGGCGUCGGUGUCCCGAGUGCGCAGCUCCAGGGGUUACGAGCGCAAGGACUUCUACCGGUCGCGGGCGCGCAUCGGCGCCAUCUUCUUCAAGAACGUGAUCAAACUUCGGCGCAGCGUGGCGCUGCUGCUGUACAGCUUCCUACUGCCGUCGAUCGAGGUGAGCAUCUUUUGCUCGAUCGUGGGCAACACCCCGUUCGACCUGCACAUCGCGGUCGUCAACGAGGAGCCCGCCCCGACCAAGCCCAGCGAGAAGGCCUUCAGCGUCGACUUCCUGGCGCACAUCGACAGCAGGAUCCUACCUCAGGUGAAAUUCGACAACUUGGACGCUGCGCUCGACUCAGUGAGAAACGGCGAGACAUACGGCGUCAUCCACAUGAAGAGCAACAUCACCAAGAGCAUACAGGCGCGCUACUCGCCCACCACCAAGCUCUCCGAAAAACUCAUUGAUUACGCCUCUGUGCACGUCUACCUGGACAUGUCCAAUCAGCAAGUCUUCUUGACCGUAGACGCCUACCUCAAGUUCUCCCUGGACGCCACGCUGCCGGCCUUUCUUCCCGAUAAGCUCGCCGCCAGUGAUGUCCUUGUGUUCGAAGACCCCGUCGUCGGCAGCAGGACCUCAACCUUCAGCGAAUUCGUGGCCCCCGGCAUGAUCCUCACGAUCACGUACUUCAUGGCGAGUACCGCGUGCCUGAACACCCUCCUAGAAGAGAAAUCCGACGGGCUUCUGGAGAGGUGCAUAGUCGCCGGUGUCCGCUCGUUCGAAGUAGUGCUGGCCCACGUCAGCUCGCAGAUCUUCAUCAUCGCCGUCCAAGACCUGCUCCUGCUCUUCGUGGCGUUCGUCAUCUUCGAGCUGCCCACGCGCGGACCCAUCUACGCCGUGAUCAUUCUCACGCUGCUGCAGGGAACCUGCGGCAUGAUGUUUGGACUCCUUAUCUCGUCCUUGUUCGAUGACCCCGACGCGGCUACGAUGGUCUCGGUCGGUGCCAACUACCCGGCCAUGAUGCUCAGCGGCAUCCUGUGGCCCCUGGAGGGCAUUCCAAUGGCGGUGCGCAUCGUAAGCUACGUGCUGCCGCUGACCCUGCCGGCAGACGCCUUCCGCAGCGUAAUGUCCAAGGGCUGGGGCCUCUUCCACACGCACGUGCUGUUCGGCGUCUUCGUCUCCAUCACGUGGGCCUGCGUGUUCCUCGCAGGCUCGCCGCCAGGCAUUGGAGACGCGCCUCUUGUGUCGCCCGAUGCCAUGUCGCCCGAUGCCGUGUCUCCUCAGAAAGCCGACAGACCCCGACAUCGCACGCCGGCAGUACGAGUGGCCGACCUCGAACUGUGGUACGGCAGUGGCGGCAAACGGGUGGACAUCUUCAAAGGAGUCAACAUGACCGUGCCCCGCGGCGGCAUCUACGCGCUGCUCGGCUCCUCCGGCUGCGGCAAGACGACGCUCCUGCGCUGCAUCAUGGGCCGCAAGCAUUUCCAGAAAGGCGACGUCCGGGUCUUCGGCCUGGUGGCCGGCACUCCCGGCUCCAAGAUACCGGGCCCGAACGUCGGCUACAUGCCGCAGGAGCUCGCCCUGUACAACGCGUUCACCAUAGAGGAGACGCUGCAGUUCUUCGCCCGUCUCUAUCUCAUGGACCCGCAGCAGUGCAAGGAGAGGGCCGACUUCCUCGUCGGGCUGCUGGACAUUCCGGACCCGAAGCGGCUCGUGUCGUACCUGAGCGGAGGCCAGAAGCGGCGCGUGUCGCUCGCCGUGUCGCUCAUACACAGCCCGCCGUUCCUCAUCCUGGACGAGCCGACGGUGGGCAUAGACCCGGUGCUGCGCAAGGCCAUCUGGAACCAUCUGAGGACGCUCUCCGAACGCGACAGCAUGACGGUCAUGAUCACCACGCACUACAUCGACGAGGCUCGUCUCGCCGGCACCGUGGCCUUCCUGCGCGAGGGCACCGUACUCGCCGAGGAGUCGCCCGCCAAGCUCAUGGAGCAGCACAACACGAACAACCUGGAGGAGAUCUUCCUGCGGCUCGCCAAGCAGGACAAGUCGGCAUUGCCGCCGGCACCCGAAGUUGUCGCUGUCGAGGACCACGACCAACAGGCGACGCAGCUGUCGUUCUUGUCGUCUGCCAUGGAGCAGCGCGCCAUGCUGAACAAGAAAGACUUCGGCCGGUCCAUGGCGAGGGUGGGCGUCUUGUUCAGUAAGAACGUGAUUAAGUUCAGGCGCAGCUUGGGCCUGCUCUUGUACAGCAUGUUACUCCCUGCCAUCGAAGUGAGCAUGUUCUGUGCGGUCGUGGGCAAGGUGCCCACCGGACUGAGGAUAGCCGUCGUCAACGAUGAGGCUGCAUCGCCGAGCGGAAAAACUCCGCUCGUCAGCACCGCUUUCUUCGACGCCAUGGACAGCGCAAUCUUGCCACAGAUAAACUACGCCACCCUCAGCAGUGGCAUCGAAUCAGUGAAACUGGGCACGACGUACGGAGUGGUGCAUGCAAAGGCCAACCUCACGGCCAGCCUAAAGGCCCGCUUCGGCCCCACUGUGAAGCUCAGUGAAGCGCUGCUGGAUUUCGCCUCAUUGCACGCCUACCUGGACAUGUCCAGUAAGCACUUCUGCGCGUUCAUCAGGAGGGAAGAGCCCGUCAUCGGCAGCAGGGAACCAACGUUCACUGAAUUUGUCGCUCCCGGACUCAUCAUCACGUUCAUCUACUUCAUAUCGGCAACGCUGUGCAUAAACACGCUGCUCGGCGAGAAAGGCGACGGCUUGCUCGAAAGGUGCAUCGUCGCCGGCGUGCGCCCCUACGAGAUCGUGCUGGCGCACGUGUGCUCCCUGUCGUUCGUGGUGGUCGCCCAGGACUUGCUCUUGCUGUUCGUCGGAUUCGUGGUUUUCCAGCUGCCUUCGAGGGGCUCACUGUUCGGAGUCAUCCUCAUCGCCAUCAUGCAGGGCAUGUGCGGCAUGGGUCUGGGACUGAUGUGCUCAGCGGUUCUGGAGAGCACCACGACAGCCGCCAUGGUAGUGGACGGCAUCAACUAUCCAAUCAUGAUGACCAGCGGGAUUCUUUGGCCCCUGGAAGGCAUUCCAAAGGUCGUACGCUACUUCAGCUACCUGAUGCCGCUGACGCUUCCCGCCGAUUCAUUGCGCAGCGUCAUGUCCAAAGGGUGGGGACUCACCCACCCAAACGUCCUGGUGGGCCUACUGGUGAACACGGGAUGGACGAUUUCCUUCAUCGCCGGCUGCAUGCUGCUUUUCCGCCAGUAGAAAGGACACGUCGCUGCAUUAUUGACGCCGCGUG